CAUGAUGAUCAUCGAGUCACAUGACUUUGUUUUUGGCGAAAAUGACAGCUAGCAUUACAGCAUCUACUGUGUAUUUAUGUUGUGUUUUUAUUGUUUUAUUUAGUGUAUAUGCCGACAGCCAAGAUACUGACGCACAGUUAUGUCAAAUGUGUCAAGGGACUGUACGACAAGACAGUCCUGUCUGGGAUUUCUGCCUAACAAAAGGCUAUAUUAGGGGACGCUGCUGUUUUAGAAACAAUACCAGCAAUGUAGACACUAUUAUAGGGCUGGAUUUGGCAAACUGCUCUAUCAGUCAUGUAGAGCACCUGUACAAUUCAUCCACAGCAUUCAUAAUAGAUCUCUCCGACAAUCCGGUCUCCAAUCUGAGCGAUUUCAUAUUUCAGGGUUUCAACCAUCUUACCCAACUUUUACUGCCCUCAAAACUGGAGUGUCCAGGGGGCAAUGCAUCAUGGGAGAAGGUUGAAGUGAAAAACAAUGCCAGAGUCUGCGAAGGACAGAAAAAUAUUUGCAACCAGACAGCACAGAUGCCUUGGGAUUGCCCUGAAAACUCAUUUUGCAGCCCAUAUGGACCAGGGUUCUUUGAGUGUAGCUGUCUGCAAAAUUUCCAUGGAUAUAAGUGUAUGAGAGAGGGCGAGUUUCCUAUAGCAAAGGUGCUUGGGAUACUAACCGGAUCUACAGUUGUGGUUUCGUCUUUACUCUGGUUCACACAAAGACGAAAAGCCAAAAACACUUGAGUUUUGAAAAAAACUGACUGUUGGGCUGACAAUGCAUCAAGCUUAUUGAAAAUGAUGCAAUGGAUGACCAAGCCAUUUGAUACUGUACACUGGAUCAGGAUAGUUAACCAUCUGUGGAACAUUGGAGAUUCUUAGAUUUGCAUGACUUUUUUUUUUUAAUUAACAAGUUUGUACACAAGUUGUGAUUGUUUCAGCUUGUUUUGACUCUCGAGGUCCUUAAAUCUUUUUAUUUAUACAUUUUAUGAAAGCUUUCCUGAAUACUGACACAUUUUCACAGCCUUGACAAGGCUGGUCUGUUAAGGGGAAAACUGACCGUAGACUGACCUCGCUGAUUGUGUUUGGAGGGCAGCCACAUUUCUGACAGAUGUUUUGACUCUAAACAAGUCGAAGUGAAGCACUAAGAUUUUUUUUAGCAGUGAUUAUGAAGGACAAAUAUUUUGUGUUGCUUUAAGAUAAAAAUUAUCUUUAUUUUUAAAGAUAGUGUUUACUUUAAAAUUAUAGUGUUUUCGAUGUAGAAGACAAUUCAUUUUGCAAGGGAUGUGGAAAUAGAUGUCGUAGAACCGGUGUUUGAGAAAAAUGUAGAUUGUUACUGUCACACCUGCUGUUUACAGAUCAUGUUAUAUAUCCGAAUUGAUGAAACUGUAUGCUUUUCUGCUGUUUCAUCUGCUAAUAUGAGAUAUAUAGACAGACACACUAUUAAUAGAAUACUGAAAUGCAUAAAUGACAUUAUGCAGGUUUUUGUCAAUGUAUUAUUCGUGGUAGGGAAUUCAGCAUGUACCUCGGCAGCCCGGUACAUAAAAUAAAGAUUUGACAAUAUCACAGAA